GCUUCAAUAUCAUUGAGAUUUAUCUUCAUUGCUUCCCUUUCUUCUUCAUCACAAAAUAUGGAAGAACUUCAAUAUCAUGAUGAAGGCAGAAAUGACAAAAAGGAUGAAGAUGGAGCAAGUACAUAUGCAAAACCUAAAUUCUCCGAAGACGAAGAAAUACUUGUCGACAAGAUGUUUCGCUUGGUCGGGAAUAGGUGGCACUUAAUUGCGGGAAGAAUUCCGGGAAGAACUUCAGAAGAAAUUGAAGUGUUUUGUACUGCAAAAUAUGGACCAUAUCAACGUUAAUAAAUAUUAUUCUAAGAUGUUUUCAUGCGUGCCAUAGAGUGAAUUUAGAAUAUUUAUGAUCUAGCUAUUUGCUUGUAUUGUUGAGUCGUCUAAUUGUCUUUAAUUAUACUUAUUUCAUAUAAAUUUGGGGGUGUGUUAUGCAAUUUACAAACUUGUAGUGUGAAUUUUAUUUUAUUUUAUAAGGCUUUACUAUUU